AUGUCUCUAGGCACCAGGGAUGACCGAGUUCAGGGCUAUGUUCUAACACCUACCCCAUUUAGACCUUUAUGGCUAGAGGACAGCCAGAGAGCCCAUGUAGCUUCUGCUGGAUGGCUGGGGGAGGAGGGAAGGUGGCCCCGGCGGAGUCUGGGCGGGCGCCUCCCACUCACCCGCGGGCCGCCGUGUGAGCCGGAGGAUGGCGGCGGUAGCUGCGGCCGCCCGGGAGGAGGCGCCGCCCCUCCCGCCGGAGCUAGCGAGCAGCGUCCGCCGCAGCCCGACCUCCUUCCUCUCCGCUUCUCCUCGUUUCCCGCGACCUCCCGCAGGCCGCCGGUCUCGCCCGCCGACCCCGAACACAAGAGCGCUCCGGGCGCCGACCGCCCUNACCAGCCCAGCGCCUCGGGCGGCGCCGCGGCGGCCUCGGCGGCCCCGCGCAGUCGCUCCCUCGGCGGGGCCGUAGGGAGCGUGGCGUCGGCGGCCCGAGCGGCUCAGUCCUCGUUCAGCAUCCCCAACAGCAGCAGCGGCCCGUACGGCUCGCAGGACUCGGUGCACAGCAGCCCGGAGGACGGCGGCGGCGGCAGAGACCGGCCGGCGGGGGGGGGGCCGGGGGGCGGGGGCCCCGGCGGGCCGCGCCUGGUGAUCGGCUCCUUACCAGCUCACCUCUCGCCGCACAUGUUUGGAGGAUUUAAGUGCCCUGUAUGCUCGAAAUUUGUACCUUCAGAUGAAAUGGAUUUACAUCUUGUGAUGUGUUUAACAAAGCCAAGAAUAACCUAUAAUGAGGAUGUACUGAGUAAAGACGCUGGGGAAUGUGCAAUAUGCCUUGAAGAAUUGCAGCAGGGAGAUACUAUAGCACGACUGCCUUGUCUAUGCAUAUAUCAUAAAGGCUGCAUAGAUGAAUGGUUUGAAGUAAAUAGAUCUUGCCCUGAGCACCCUUCAGAUUAAGCAUCCGCUUCCUGUUUUAUAGGUUUUCUUGUCUUUCCAAGAUGCUUGAAAAACUGAGAGGAUAUGAGGAUCUGUCUCUGGAAAAAGAAAAACAAAACUGCAGGCAUACUCAGCCAGAAAUCUGAGUUCUGUGAGACUUGGUAAUGCAGAGAUGGACAUUCACACAGGGGGGUAACCCUGCCGAAGAGAGGACAGUUGCCACAGAACUCAGUGUACCAAACAUGCAUAUAAAGGACACACAGGGAUUUUGAAAAUGCUGCACAUCCCUUAAUAGUCAUCUACGUAGGUAACACUGAUAAACAUUUUGUAUUCAGACGCCAAAGUUAACUGAUUUAGAAGUUGAUUUUAUCAAGUUCUGUAGAGCCGCGCAACUAGUUGUGUUUUGACUUGUUUUUUGGUUGGGGGUCACUUUAUUUUCCCCAACACGAUGUUUCUGCAUUCAUCUAUUCUUAAACUGAAGACCACAUAAUGUACUUCUUAUAAAUUAAGGUCUUAAAUGUGAAACCAAGAAAUGUAAUCAAGCAGUAAAACAUUGUCUGAAUGUAGACAUGAUCUCAAGUUCUUCUGUUUUCCCCCCCAAGAGUGGAAAAUAGACUUCUACAUAGGAGAGCUAAAAUAUGUUAAUAGUUGAAAUUAACCGAGUACCAGUAACAGUACCAGAAUUCAGUCCAAAGAGUAAAAAUCAAGUUACAUAAUUACAUUUUAAUGAACUAAAUCUAAGAUUGUCUGUUGAAUUGUGAUUUAUUAAGUAUAUUAUUUCCUCUUAAGUAAAACUGCUCAAUAGUUAAUCAGUAAUGAAUCAUCUUGCAGCUAUGCAACUUUUUAAAAAAUACAAAUUACCAAUUUUAAGCGCUGCCAGCUAGAAUAACUUUGUUUUAACGGGUAUUUUUAUUUGUUCUUUUCAUGUAAUUAUUUUAUUGUGCUUUGCAUCUCCAGACAGUUUUCCCACAUUUGGGUAGAAUGUUUAGCAGAUCGUAAACUUAGUAACUUGUGAAAAGGGUAAAAUAAAAUUUUCUUGAGUGGAACUUGGAAUAAUUUGAGGGACAUUUUAUAUACUUUUAAAAAUCAGAAUUUAAUCGGGAUGCCAGAUUUAUAGCAAUUUGCAUCUUUAAUUUUCCAGAUAAUCUGGAGGUUAGUGUUUGAUAAAUGAUUUUUUAAAGCAAAUAUGAAGAUUUUGUUAAUUUAUAAUUUAUUAAUGUGUUAUUACUGUAAUUGAAAAUGUUAUAGAGACUUUUAAAUUCAGUCUUGUAUAGAAGGAAAUGUAUUAAGCAAAAUUAUGUGAAUAAAUAUUCCCAUAAAAUACAUCUGAAUGGUUAAAAAAUACUGGAAGAGAGCUAUCAGGGCUACAAUAGUGAAUGUCUUUUUUUCUUUUUUAAUAUAAAAAGAUACCAAUAAGUAGAUUUCAUAUUUUCAACAUAUAGGGAAAAUGUUAUCAGUGAACAUUUAAGCAGUGCACUUUACUUGGUAUAAUUGAAAGUUGCACAGUAGUACUGUUUCCUUAUUUUAAACUUUUAUUUAAGUAUUUGCUUUUCUAUUUAAUGCUGCUACUCUUAUUCUCAAAUUUUUUCCCUAUUUCUGCUUCUGUAUAUUUUUUGAAAGGGCACGUGCAGGAGCAACUGCUGCUCCCCAGAAAAAUUGGUGUUUUAGAGGCAAUUAAAAGAGUUUUUCGUUGCUUUCUGUGUGAUUCUAGACCAGAUAACAUUUUCCCUAAAGUUAUGCUGUGAAAUGCCUUUUGUUAUGCUGCAAUUGACAAAAGCAUCCAAAACCUCUGUUGUGACAGCUGAUAGCAUGGUUUCAUAGGUGCUUUUUAAACCGGUUUUGGGAAAUACUCUUCCCUCAAGGAAAACAUUCUUUCCUUAAAUUUUGUUCUGUUAUCAUGAAUCUUAAUAUGAAUCCAUUUUGUUUCACAUUUUUAAUUUUGUAAGCUUUCACACACAUACACACAAACCCACUCAUCCCAGGAAAAGCCUCUUAGAAUAUUCUAUGAAUAAUUCAUUUUUUUCUACUACUGGUAUAUUGUUACGGUAAGAAUUGUUUUUGUUGUCUUCCAUUCUUGAAGGCAGAGAUGAACUCUGGCUGUGGUAAUUACCUGUUAGUAUCCUCCUGGAAGCUAUUUUCUGAUACAGGUUAUUCAUUGACUUUUUAAUUUUUUGAGCUUACGUUCUUUUCCUUCUUUGUUCUGGACCGUCCUCUCAGCCUCUGAUUGUCACAGAGUUCUGUGCUGCCGCUGCUCCAGUAAAGCUCCUGUGGUUUAGACGAAAGUUCAGUGUUUGUGUCAAGUGCUACUUGAUUAUUAUAUUUGUCUAGAACAGUAUUUACUUAAAAUCUGUUUAUAGCAAUCCCUUUUUUGUUAAAAUUGACAAAGGUUAGCAUUUUUUACUUUGAGUUCAGUCUCCAUCAAUGAUUCCCCAAAAAGAAGAAUUUAGGAAUCGAAAAGAAAAUGUUUUUAUAGCCCGGAUACUCUGGUUUUUAUUCAAAGUCAAAGUUGCUACUCUGGAAAAUAUUAUAAUAUUCUACAUAAUGUCACUUACAAUAUUUGUAAAUCUGUACCUGGACACUGAAUAGUGUAAGUAGGCUAUAAAAAUCACGUUAGAUAUUUUUAAGUAUGUAGCUUGAAACUACUGACAACUGAAUAUUACAGAGACAAAAUAAAGAUCGAAAACCUAGACACCAAGUUGGUGAUAGCGUUCUAGAAUCUUUGUAAAUACAUGUUUUCCAGUAAGAUUGCACUUAAUAUUUAGAAAAGCAAUAUGUUCUGAAAUUUCACUUUAGUGCCACUCUUCAUAAUGGGUUUAUUGCCAAUUUUGACUCGUCAUUGUACUUUGAUCUGGCUUUUGGAUUUUGUUGUUCUUGCCAGAAUAUGUAAGAGAUAGUAAGAAUUAUUCUACCUUUCUUUUGACUUUUUUUGCCAGAAAAAUUAGACUAAGCCUCAUCUUAAUCUGUGUUUUUCAGAUCUGGGUAUAAAUCCGAUAUAGAUUGUAUUUUAAGAGCAGUGUUUGUGAUUGAAAUAUAAAUAAUGGCUUCUGUAACUGAUUUUUUUUUGUGAUAGCUGAACAUUUAAAAGGCCAUGUCGUUAACUGUUGCAUGCUAUAUGGGUUUUGGUUUCUCAGUGCAAGUCUUAUGUUUCUUUUAAACGCUAUACUGUUGUUUCAGUUCUCACCCACUGAACGCUGUAUUAGAAUGUAGCCCGAAAUGCCUGAGCGUGCAGCACCGUCAGCAUAUUUGCAAUAUGUAUUUUGAAAAGAUUUCAGGUUAAAAUGUAUUUGUGAAAAUGGCAGAUUCCUUUUCAAAGCUUAUUUUACUUUCUACCUUUGGGUAUAGUGAAGUUUAAGAGCAGUAGUUUAAAUUAACUUAUUAUAUAACAAGACUAAAACCUAUUUCUUUAAAUGAAAAAGACAGUAAAUUAAAUGUAAAUAUUACCUAAUUUUAUUUACUAACUUGGAGAGUUGAAGAAAGGAAAUUUCUUAACAAUAAGCUACUACGUUCGAACAAAGCAUGAAACUCUUUCUAAAAAUUCAAUAAUAAUUGAAUUUCCUAUCUGAUUGAUAUCCAUAUUGUGCAUUGAUAAUAAUAUCCAAACCAUCUUAUUUUUUCCACAGAGGAAGUUUCCAUAUAAAUCAGAUUAUUAGGAACUUUGUAAAACUGCAUUAGAGGUAAAUGUUGCUUAUUAAUUGUGAGUACAGUUUGUUAGUUGCGGGAAAUCUUCUAGUUCAUUGGGGCCAUUUUCUUGCAGUUGGAUCUGUCCUGAGGUGAACUCAAUACAUAUUGACAAUGUGUUAAAUGUGAAGUGUUCCUUGUUCUUAUACAGAUAUUUUCCAAGUUAAAAAAAAAAAAAAAUUCCAGCAUGCCAGUAUUUUGUCUUUGGCCUAUCACCCCACACCCCUUUUUUGAAGUGUGUAACUUCUGGUUUUUUCUUUGCUAUAUUGUGAAUAACAAUAGUUAAAUUAUCUUUUUUUAUUGUCUACUUUUCUUCUCUAUCCACAUCUUUUCAUUCUGAAACUAAAUUACUCCUUGGUUUUCUUUAGAGGAAGUUGCUACUUGGUAUACUCCUAGUAGUGAUUCUUAUUGGGGAACAGCUGAAUUCGGUAAUAACUACCCAGGCAGUACCUUGAGGGCCGUAUUCUGUGUAUGCUGUGUUUAAGCUAGAAAGCUGCAUGUUCUUUUUAAAUCACAGAAUUCUUGAGUUGAGUGGGAAAUACCUGGUCUUUGAAGUUCAGGUGAUUCUCUGGAAAGAACUAAAAGCAUUGAAGAAAACCAGAUAUGUUAAUAUUAAGUUUUAGCUGAAACAUUACUAAGGGGAGAUGACAUAUUUUCAGAUCCUUAAGCCAUCGUUAAUUUUAGACCAGUGGCUAAUAAUAAGAUGAAUUGUUGGUUGCUUGUUUAUAGAGAAGCAGAGAGCAGUAUGGCAUGGCAUAAACUCACAUCCCAGAAAUAAAGGAAAAAUUUUAAAGUGAUACUGUAAUGUCUGUCAACCAACAUUGUGCUUCUUAGCUCUGCCCUAGACUGUGAGGCACCUGUAGGGACCCCAGGUCCUAGAAUAAGUGACUGACUUCUCCUAUUGUAAAUUUUCAUGCCUGCCUUUUUGAUCUGAUAUGCUGAGAUUGAUAGGUACCAAUGGUUCAUGUUUAUAAACUUACAGUUCUGCCUGUGCCCUCUUACCAGUGAACCUGGUGCUAGCAUUUUGAAAAGGUUACAUUUUAGUCAGUAGUGUUUGGGGCACCUGUGUGCAUAUGAUACAGACCCUAUAGGGAGAUUAAAAGAGAUUUUGGAAUUUGAUGAUGGUAUUGAUCUUUAUUACAGAAAUCCAUUGCAUCUUCUUUCUUUGCAAUGACUAUCAGUUUUUAGAAAAUCACAGUAAUAAUAUUUACUUCAUUGCUUUGUUCAUGAUUUCAGUAAUGACUCUUCUGUAAUACCUCUUAUUUUCCUCUAUUAGAAAGUACUUUCCUGUCAAAAAAGAUAUCAAAAGCAUCCAUCACAAGAAUUACAGAAAGUGUAUUAGGAACAACUUGUAUUAGUAUGUUCUGAACUAAAAUGGAACAAUUCAUACUAAUAUUUUAAUAAAACUUCCAAAUGAUCUUGCCAAAUUAUCCUGUUAUUUAGAAAUGGAAAUAGAAAAUAAGAGAAAGUUUAUCCACUGUAAUGUGUAAUGUCUAGAAGUUGACAGUAUAUUACAGUAAAAUUGAGAAUUAUUGCUGAAGGGUUACCAUGAAUUAACUGAUGUCGCAGUUUGUUUAUUUUUGUACACCCAUUGAGUUAAACGUCUAAAAUAGCUUGAGAAACGACUGUGGUGGUAAUGAACAAGGAGGUCUUCAUUACCAUAAAGAUAAGUAAAGAUGUACUUUGAAAUUUCCAAUGUGAAACGUAUUUGUAAAGUUUUUAAUUGAAAUAUGAUUGUAUUAGAGCUAUUAAGUUUUGGGGAGGAAUGGUCUGUCAGUGUGUAAUCAUAACUUUUAAAAUUUAGAUUGUGUUUGGUACUAUUACAUUAUGUUUUAAAAAGAGGUGUAAUUAAUCUUUUGAAGGCCAGUUUUCAUGAUGCAGGAGGAAUUGAGCUUUGGAGCAGAGUGGUUAAGGACAUGGGUUCUGGAGCCAGACUGCCUGGUUUUGCUCUCUCUUUGACAUUGGGCGAGAUGCUUAACUUCUCUGUGCCUUGUCUUUGCCUAUAAAAAGAGGUGAAACUACUGCCUACCUCAAGGUUGUUGUGAGGCUUAGGGGGAAGGUACAUGUGUGCACCAGACACACAGUAAACUCUUAAUAAUGUUAGGGGUUAUUACAGACAAUAAAAAUACUUGUGUCCAUCUAUGAAUAAAUCAUUUUUGUUAUUCUCUCCAUUCACAAGGUAGAAAAGUAAUGUCUUAGACUUUAGCUGAUGUGUUUAAGAAACCUAUGUAUAUAAAGAAGACAUUGUGGAUUCUGUUCUUCCUUCUUGGUAAAAUCUAGAGAUUUACUGUCCCAGCAAUUAUGUAUUAAGUGUACUUGAUUCUAUGGACUGUUAGGGAACAAAAAUACAGAAAUCUAAGAUAGCUAACCUCUAAGACCUUAACCUUUAGUGGGGGAAGCAAAUAAGUAAGCAAGCAUAUAAUAAAGAAUUAUAAUUGCUGUUAUAGACUUGUACACAAGGUAUAGCGGGGGUAGUGAGGAAGAUCACUGGAUUAGGCAAGAGAAUGAUGAAACGAAAUCUUUAAGGACAAAUAGAUCAUACAUAACUCCAGGAGCUGUGGAUAAACGGACAUGAGCAGUGAGAGGUUUGGGAAGGGUAUUCCUAAGGCAGAGAGCAUAGCACCUACAAGCAGGACAUUCUUGGGAAGUUGCUAUGUCUAGAGAGGUAAGCAGGUGGCAAAGCACAAAGGGUUAUAGGUGCCAAACUACAAUUGGAGGAUCUUAAGCAGGAAAAAGACAGAUUUACUCUUCAGAUUAGAGAGGAAUGAAACUAGAGGCAGAGAGACUUUGUUAGAAAAUGUGUAGCAGUUCAGGCAAGAUAAGGAGAGGCAAAACUAAAGGAAUGACAAUAGGGAAAGGAAAGUUGAAGAACUUAAAAAUUUAGAGAGAAAAUUAACUCAUCUCGGUAAUCGUUUACAUGUUGGGGAUGAAAGACCAGACCAGGACAACUCCAUCAGUACGUUCUCCACAUCGUGAAGGGUUGAGUCUUAAGGACAGCCUGUCUCUACUUGGGGAAGCUGAGUAUGUCGGAAGUAUUCCUGGAGAGCCAGAGAUAAAGAACACCAACUCUAACAUAAAGAAAUUGGAUCUGAAAUAGGAGGCAGAGCCUUGAGGGAGAAGCCAGACAGGUAUAGUUGGCAAGUUGUGAGAAGGCAAAAGAAUAUAUGUAUAUGUGUAUGUGUGUGUGUGGCUGUUAAGGUUCAGGAGUUGUCUAGACACAAAUGUCGCCAACACUGUUAGAAGAGUCCAUAAGUGCAUGAUAAGUAUAAUGAUAUCUAGGUUGGUUGAGUUGGACUUCUCCCAAAACACCACCCUCACGUUCCCUCUUAACUUCAGGUGUCUGUUGGAAUAGGGCCAUGUUUUUCCAGGUUUGUGUGGUGAGAUGCUGAGAUGCAUUCUGAAGCAUUCAUGAGGUUUUCUCUCUGGCCUUUUGUCCCAGACCCUUUCCAUUAUGCGAGUCUUCUCAGGCACUCACAACAGAAAGAAGCUAUUACUGGAAAUAGAGUAUUUGUAGAAGUUGGUGUACAGGAAAGAUGGAUGCUGCUUUGCGGUAGGUCAGUUAGUUAGGCUAAGCAAGAGGAGGACCAGAAGAGGUUUAUUCGUUCCUGGAAGGCCGUGGGUUGCCAGUGGGUGCUUCAUGAUUAUCUUUGUUGAGUGAGGGACAGGAAAAGAGGACUGAUAAGCUUAUAUUUAGUUCUGGAGAAGCAGCAGAAACCCUGGGAUAUCCUUGUAUUAUAUUAGGUCAAGGAGUCCAUUCUCCUCCCAGAUUCCCUAAUCUAAUACAGCAUAUCUGUGGGGACGCUAAACUUUCACAGGUUUCUCUGAAUUGGUUCAAAGAUGCACCAGUAGGUAACUUGGAACUUCCUAGACCAGGAAUUCCUACACUUGCGUUAGAAUAAUAGAAACUUAACACCUUAGAGGGAAUUGCCCUAAAAUGUAAAAAACAAAAAACCCUUAUAAUCAUAAAUAUAAUUGCAUGAUUUAAGAUUCGACUUCUCAUGUAAAAUAAAGUGAAAAUACUUUUUCUGCAAUACCUUAAUGAUGCUGUAAUUAUAAGAGCAUUGUUAAAUUCUGCCAUAUAGUGCCUUAUGCCUCUGGUUCUUUUCCAUGAACUUAUGAAUUCAGUGUUCAUUAUUUUAUGAUAGUUAAAAAGUACCUGACCAAAAAAUAACUUCCCAGCAAAGUCAGUUUAAGACUUAAAUUCUUUCUGAUUGGCUUGGUAAUUUAGUAGCUCGGUAGCUGAAAACAAACUGUAUACUGUGAGCAAUGCAGAUUUAUAUUUCAGAAAAAUAGCAGAUAACUAUGUCACGAACCUUUUAAAGUAGCUCAUUUAUAAAUUAAAGUGUUAUUAAAUCUGUAAAUGUUAAGGCUAUUCGUUAUCCAGAUAGAGGAUAUCCAUCAAGGGAGUCAAACAGCAUAUAGUUCAUCCAUUGUUGGAGUUCAAACAUUGCAAAGGCUAAAAGGCCUUCCUAGGGUGUUUAAAUAUCCAAACUGUCAGCAUUUUAGCUUGUAAUUGGUAUAAAAAUUGUCGGUGAGAUAUUUUUAGAUCUUUUUUUCAGUUUUUGAAAUGUGAUAUAUAUUAUAGCACAUCUGUAUUUGGAAAUAGCCACGUUUUAAGCGUUCAAGAGCCAAAUGCGACCAGUGACUGAUAGGUCUAGAUGAAUCUGGGAAGUUCGUUUUCCACUCCAAUCCUCAGCUGAAUAUUUUUGGAGGUCUAAUAAUUCCAACUUGGUGAAGACCUUGGUCCCUUAACGUUAAUUAGGUACUAUGCAUGAGCAGAGCUAGUCCUCUUGUUACUAAAUUGAGUCAGAGUUUCCUAAUUUUUUCAGUAAGACUGGAAAUACCUUGAAAAAGUUGAUGAUUUAAGGAAUCCUUUAUUUGCUUUCACAGAUGUCACUGGCUUUUGUUAUGACUGCAGGGUUCUGGUAAAGAUGCACAGGCUCUGAAUAACCGAGUCGGUGUUACAGUUAGGGGUUGGUGGGUUUGUGGUCGUCAGCAGGAACUGUGAGCAGUGCUGAUGAAUAGCUCUAGUCUGAGUUGUCCCCUGCGUAGAGCCCUGUGGGGACAGUUGCAUGAGUUUCAGGCCUUCUGGCAGUAGUUAACUUUGUACCACAUCCAUGCUUCAACCGCUAAACUUGUCCACCAGACCCUCGUUCACAAAACCGAGUCCCCAGUGGUGUCUGUGUGGGAGUUCUGUGCUCCAGCGCCCUGUUCGAAGGAGUCGGUGGGAUUGCCAGGGAGUUUGUCCACAAAGAUGGCUACAGCGUGGGAAGACAGGUAUAUUGCAUUCCUCAACUUUGGGGUCCCUGCGAGUCAGUAAUCCUUAAAACUUGGCUGAAGAUAGGAUCGACUUGGGAGGUAGGAAGGGAAGACAGUUUUUAAAAAAAUACUAAAGCCUUAACUCCACACCAGAGAUUCUGAGUUAACUGUUGGCGUGUGAUUCUGUUGUACAGCCGGCACACAACUUUACCUGUGGUUUUCUCACUCACACCCCACGUGGAGUGUCAGCCCUUGGGGAGGAGUGCCAAGCGUAUCAUAGACCUUUACAACUAAGAUCUAGCUACAUUCCCUCCAGUUCUCUUUUCUCAAAUGUACGGCUCUUUUUGAAUGAAAAAACUGUUCCUGUAUCAUUACCCAUUCUUCCCAACUGUGUGGUUCAUAGAAUAAACUGCCUGUUUCAGCCAGGCUGAGGUCCUUGAAUUUUUUUUUUUUUUUUGCACUUUGCACCCCAGAGUUUGUAGACUGCUAAAAGCCCUUUCUGCCUCCAGAACUCGGCUCUGACAAAUCAAAAGCCUUUUUGCUUUUGGGCUCAUGUUUCUUCCUUUGGCUUUAAAAAAAAACUUUGACAUCAGAGUUGAGCAGACAUGUCUUGGUUUUGCUUCUUGUCCCUCCUGAAGCAGCAGCUGCCAGUGAGUCACUGAGAGAGUUGUCAUAAGCAACCAGGAACGAAAGGCACGAAAAAUGCGGCAGCUAAUAAUUCAGACGUAGCAUUCUGUUAGAGUCCCAGCAGUCACUAGAGAGCCACUGUGGGUAACUGUAUGUGAGCAGCUCUUGUGUGAUUUUCAUUCUUAAAGUUACAUUGGUAAUCUUGACGUCUUCUCAGCCUGAAGAAGAAUGUGUGGGAGUUACUUGAACUGGAACACAGGGUGAGCUGAAGUGUGGGUUCAUUCAUUUAGCACAUACUUACUGAACAUGGGAGAGAAGUAAGAGACCGUGUGAGACACCGCACGUACACUGAUGUGGAAAAAAGAGUUGCUGCCCUUAACGGAGCUUACGGUUCAGUAUUCUUAGCAAAAGCUGGGGAUGAGGCAUGGCAUAUCCAAUGUAUAAAUAACGUGGUGUGUGAAACCUAGUUCUUGAAUAAGCAUUUGUGGCAGAUCUUUCAAGGCAUAAGAUUAUUAAAGUCUUUGGCAAAUGCUCGAUGUGACUGUGCAUCUGUUAACAGUUUCAUGCUGGUGCCAGACCCUGGUAUGUGUCAGUGCUGCCAGAACAGGUGAAAACAGAUGAAAGUUCUGCAAACACUAGGAUUGCAGGAGACACAGCCAGGCAGAUUGGUUAGCUCAUUUCCAUUUUUUAGAGGCCUGUUUCCUCAGUAAGUUUGGGGGUAUAUUUCUAAUCUGAUUUAUUUCUUCACAGUUUUUUAAAAGUAACUCCAGUAAGUUAUAAUUUACAUACAACAAAAACGUUCACUGUAAGUGUACAGUCUGAUGCGUUUGGAUACAUACAGACACCUGUGCAUCUGUCACCACAACCGAGAUAGAGAAUGUUUCUGUCACCCCUCGAAAGGUACCACAAGCCCCUUUACAGCCGGUUCCCACCCAUCCACCCUCCACCCCUAGGCAGAUUGAUCUGCUUGUGUCACCAUAGAUUAGCUGAAAACAUUCAGUAUGUCCUUUGUUUGUGUAAGGCUUGUUAUGCUCGGUGUAUCUGUGAGAGGCAUCAGUGUUACUGCUUGAAUCCGUUCUUUUUUAUUGCUGAGUAGUAUUCCAUUGUAUGACUGUACUACAGUUUGUUAUCCGCUCCCCUAUUGGUGGACACUUGGGCUCUCUCCAGUUUGGGUUAUUAUGAAUAAAGUGGCUGUGAACAUUGAUAUA